AUGGUUGACUUUGGCUCAAAUGACACUUUAUCCUUAUCCUCUUCUGGCCUCUUACGAGAGGAAUUUCUCAAGGAGCUUGGAAAGCAUCCCGACUUUAUUCUCGGCGGAAGGGCAUCCCGUUGGGGUGAAGGCUCAACCGAUUACCUUUUCCAACUGGAAGAGCAUAUUGCCGAGUUCCAUAAAGCAGACAGUGCCUUGUUCUUCAACACUGGCUACGAAGCAAAUGUUGCUGUCUUUUCGACACUUGCCCAGCCGCAUGAUGUGGUGCUAUAUGAUAGCCUCGUCCACGCAAGUAUCCGAGAAGGAAUGUAUAGGAGCCGUGCAACUGCUCUUUCUUUUACCCACAACGAUCUGGCAAGUCUACGUCAACGUCUGCUGGACACCAAACAUCAGCAUGAAAGAGUUAGAUCGGGCCUAGCUCUUGUGUUUGUUGCACUGGAGUCUUUCUAUAGUAUGGACGGCGAUGUGGCCCCCCUUGAGGAAAUUGUUAAGAAGGUGAAAGAGCAGCUUCCCCACGGGAAUGCUGUAUUUGUGAUCGACGAGGCACAUUCGACGGGACUGGUGGGCCCCCGGGGGGCAGGACUUGUGUCUCAUUUAGGCCUGGAGAAAGAAUUCUCUAUCCGAGUCCAUACGUUUGGCAAAGCACAUGGGGCUUCUGGAGCUGUUGUCUUGUCAAGCAGAGAGUUCAAGGCUGGGUAUAGCAUUUUAGCAAGUAUUGAAGGUGAAAGGAGACGAGAUGUCGUACAGUCCAACAUAGAUCUCUUCUAUGAUGCUAUCAAAAAGCAUGUAUCAUGGCCAGAGUGCCAGCACCUCGGUAUCAUUACGAUUCCAAUGAAGCCUGAAACCAAUACUGUCAAGUCACCAAUUAUCCCUGUUAUUGCUCCUCACGGCGCAGCAGCAAUUCUAGGACAGUUUCUGUGCAAUGCAAAGUUUCGCGUUCUUGUUGUUCACUUCCCCGUGGUGCCCAAGGAUAAGGAGCGAGUCAGGAUCAACUUGCACGCAGAUCACACGUCUGAUCAGACUCUGUCCCUAGUUGACCUGAUCCUCGAGUGGACUCAGUCGCGCCGAAAGGCUGGCAUGGCUCUUUCCCUUCUCUAA